UGCGUGCGCGCACAUCCCCGCCAGCUGGACCAACGGUCAAAGGUAGCCGGUAGAGCCCGGCUGCGCAGUUGGGCGUGCUGUCGGGCUUCUAGGAGGUUCUGAGGCGGAAGCUCGCGGUUCCAUUCGAUGUCUUCAUAAAGAAGCUCGCGGGGCGCGGAGCCUGCCAACGGCCCGGGAGACAGCAUGGAGAAGCAAAAGCCCUUCGCCUUGUUCGUGCCACCGAGGCUGAGCAGCAGCCAGGUGUCUGCCGUGAAACCGCAGACCGCGGGAGGAGAUUCCAGCUACUUCAAGGCUGUCAACAAAUGUACAGAAGAUGACUUUGGUGUUCCAUUUACAAUGUCCAGUCUAUCAAAAAAUCGGGAAAACAUUGAUACAGAUCCUGCUUUUCAAAAACUUAGCAUUCUGCCCAUGCUCGAACAGGUUGCUAAUUCUGGCAGUUGCCACUAUCAAGAAGGAGUAAAUGACUCUGAUUUUGAGAAUUCAGAGCCAAUGAGCAGACUGUAUUCAAAGUUGUAUAAAGAGGCUGAAAAGAUAAAAAAGUGGAAAGUGAGCAUAGAAUCUGAACUGAAGCAGAAAGAAAAUAAGUUGCAAGAAAACAGAAAGAUAAUUGAAGCCCAGCGAAAAGCCAUUCAGGAACUUCAGUUUGAAAAUGAAAAAGUAAGCUUGAAAUUAGAAGAAGAAAUUCAAGAAAAUAAAGAUUUAAUAAAGGAGAAUAAUGCUACAAUACAUUGGUGUAAUCUACUCAAGGAAACCUGUGCUAGAUCUGCAGAAAAAACAAAUAAAUAUGAAUAUGAGCGGGAAGAAACCAGACAAGUUUACGUGGAUCUAAAUAAUAAUAUUGAGAAAAUGAUACUAGCUUUUGAGGAACUUCGUGUGCAAGCUGAGAAUGCCAGACUGGAAAUGCAUUUUAAGUUAAAGGAAGAUCAUGAAAAAAUCCAACAUCUUGAAGAAGAAUAUCAGAAGGAAGUAAACAACAAGGAAAAUCAGGUGUCACUACUAUUGAUCCAGAGUGCUGAGAAAGAAAAUAAAAUGAAAGAUUUAACAUUUCUUCUAGAGGAAUCCAGAGAUAAAGCUAAUCAAUUAGAGGAAAAAACAAAAGUACAAGAUGAAAACUUAAAAGAAUUAAAUGAAAAGAAGGAUCAUUUAACUUCAGAACUUGAAGAUAUUAAAAUGUCCAUGCAAAGAAGUAUGAGCGCUCAGAAGGCUCUAGAGGAAGAUUUGCAGAUAGCAACAAAAACGAUUUAUCAGCUCACUGAAGAAAAAGAAGCUCAAAUGGAAGAACUCAACAAAGCUAAAACUACUCACUCAUUUGUGGUGACUGAACUUAAAGCUACUACGUGCACCUUGGAGGAAUUACUGAGAACAGAACAGCAAAGAUUGGAAAAAAAUGAAGAUCAACUGAAACUAAUUACUAUGGAGCUCCAGAAUAAAUCAAGUGAACUAGAAGAGAUGACUAAAUUUAAAAAUAACAAAGAAGUGGAACUUGAAGAAUUGAAAAACAUAUUGGCAGAAGAUCAAAAACUUUUAAAUGAAAAGAAACAAGUUGAGAAACUUGCUGAAGAAUUACAAGGGAAAGAACAAGAACUAACUUUCCUUUUGCAAACCAGAGAGAAAGAAAUCCAUGAUUUGGAAGUAGAAGUAACUGUCACUAAAACAAGUAAACAGCAUUAUUUAAAACAGGUUGAAGAAAUGAAAACUGAGCUUGAAAAAGAGAAACUUAAGAAUACUGAAUUAACUACAACUUGUGACAUGCUUUUGCUUGAGAACAAAAAAUUGGUACAAGAAGCAAGUGAUACGGCUCUAGAACUCAAGAAACAUCAAGAAGAUAUCAUUAAUUGCAAAAAGCAAGAAGAAAGAAUGUUGAAACAAAUAGAAAGUUUGGAAGAAAAAGAAAUGCAUUUAAGAGAUGAACUGGAAUCAGUAAGAAAAGAGUUCAUACAGCAAGGAGAUGAAGUUAAAUGUAAAUUGGACAAGAGUGAAGAAAAUGCUCGAAUCAUUGAAUGUGAAGUUUUAAAGAAAGAAAAGCAGAUGAAGAUAUUAGAAAAUAAGUGUAAUAAUUUAAAGAAACAAGUUGAAAAUAAAACCAAGAAUAUUGAAGAGCUUCACCAGGAGAAUAAGACCUUGAAAAAAAAGAGUUCAGCAGAAAACAAACAACUGAAUGCAUAUGAGAUAAAGAUCAGUAAAUUAGAGUUGGAAUUAGAAAGUACCAAGCAAAAAUUUGAAGAAAUGACUAACAACUACCAGAAAGAAAUUGAGAACAAAAAGAUAUCAGAAGGAAAGCUUUUGGGAGAGGUUGAGAAAGCCAAAGCAACAGUUGAUGAAGCAGUAAAGUUACAGAAAGAAAUUGAUUUACGAUGCCAACAUAAAAUAGCUGAAAUGGUAGCACUUAUGGAAAAACAUAAGCACCAAUAUGACAAGAUUGUUGAAGAAAGAGACUCAGAAUUAGGACUUUAUAAAAACAGAGAACAAGAGCAGUCAUCAGCGAAGGUUGCUUUGGAGAGUGAAUUAUCUAAUAUCAGAAAUGAACUUGUAUCCCUUACAAAGCAACUUGAAGUAGAAAAAGAAGAAAAAGAGAAACUAAAAAUGGCAAAGGAAAACACAGCUAUUCUUAAAGAUAAAAAAGACAAGAAAAUACAGGCAUCUUUACUGGAAUCACCCGAAGCCACUAGUUGGAAAUUUGAUUCUAAAACAUCUCCUUCACAAAAAAGGAAGGAUGCAUCUCGGCUUUCUUCAUCAAUGGAUAGUGGCAAAUCCAAAGAUAACAGAGAUAAUCCGAGGGCAUCUGCCAAAAGCAUUUUAUCUACAACAGUUACAAAGGAAUAUACAGUGAAGACACCAACUAAAAAUAGCAUAUAUCAAAGAGAAAACAAGUAUAUACGUGAUGGAGGAAGUAAUAAAAAGAGAAAAACAGUCUUUGAAUUUGAUGUUAAUUCAGAUAGUUCAGAAACUACUGAUCUCUUGACCCUGGUUUCAGAGGAAGAUAUAUCAAACAGGCUUUACAAUAAUAAUCCACCAGAUUCUCAUCUAUUAGUCAGAACCCCUAAACAGACUCCUUUAUCUCUAUCAACUCCUGCAUCUUUUAUGACGUUUGGAAGUCUGAAAAAGAGAGAAGACCGUUGGGCAACGAUUGCUAAAAUUGAUAGGAAAAGAAGACUAAAGGAAGCAGAAAAGUUAUUUAUUUAAUUUCAGAUUAAUUUCCCAGAGAGCCAAACUUUACCAAGGAAUUCAGACUUUAAAGUUAAUUACAUAAAUAACUUGUGUUUAUGUUAUAUUUGUGGCCUAAAUAUAAAAUAACUAUAUCUUACCUGAAUUUGUUAUUGUAUUCAGAUACUUACAUUUUGUUGCUUUUACUUGCAAUGGAUACUGAAGUUCUAAGUUUUUUAACUUGAGCUUUUGACCAUUAGAAAUGCAUUGUUGAGAUUUAUAAUUUUUAUUAUUAAAAUAUUUUGAAUGCAAA